AUGUCAUCCAUCGCCGUCAUUUCUGCAGGAGCCAUGGGCUCCGCAGUAGCCAAACGUCUCGUCACCGCAGGAUGCACCGUCUACACAAACCUCGACGGGCGCUCAGAAGCCGCUCAUCAACGAGCACGAGACGCAGGAAUGGUAGAUGUAUCUUUGGAAACAUUGGUAUCGAAAUCAAGAUGGAUCCUGAGCAUAGUACCCCCACGCGAAGCGUUUGCUUUCGCAGAGAAGAUACGAGGAGUCGUUGAUCGGCGUGGAGAGUCACCGUCCAAUACCCAUCCCCGCGUAUUCGUCGACUGCAACGCUGUUAAUCCGGAGUCUGUGAAACGUAUUGGAGGGCUGUUCAAAGGGACGUCUAUGAAAUUCAUCGAUGCAGGUAUAGUGGGAGGACCACCACGACCUGGGUUCGACCCCACUUUUUAUGCUUGUUCAGAAGGGGAAGAGAUGCUGGAAGAGUUCGCCGCGUUAUCGCAAUACGGACUCCGGGUGUCCUUGUUGAAAGGUGACGGUGCUGGAGUUGGUGAUGCAAGUGCUUUGAAACUUUGCGAGUCGAUGAUGAAAAAAGGCUCUAUAGGCCUCUUCAUGACGAUGAUGUUAACUGCCCAUCGCUCGUCACCUGCGACUGCCAACGCCCUAAUGAAAGAACUCAGCAUGUCACAACCCGCAUUGAUGGGCAGGCUGAUCCAGACUGUGCCAGAAGGAAUUCCAAAGGCUUACCGAUUCGGAUACGAGAUGGAGGGGCUGGGAGAGUUUGUCGGAGGUGGGGAAGCAGAUAUAUUCAAAGGUUUUGCCAGGGUAUUCGAAAGAGUUGCGGGAUCGCUGGCAGGAGACAAAGCGGACAUCGAGACUCUAAUGAGAGGCGUAGAGAAAGCUGUGGAACUGCAAGAGACGUCGAAUUCAAAACCAGAGACCAAAUGCGCCUCUUUAGUGGCAGGCUUCACUGGCUACCUGUUACUAGUUAGCUAUCAGGGACGCGAGAUCAAUGGCAGAUCACAGAAGAACGAUGUAUUGAGGAAGGUGUGCCGCGAUGCCGGUCGUUAUUUCGUCACCGUUUGA